AUGCGGUCUUUUUCAGGCUGUUAUUCCAAGAGAUCGGUGUUUCGGCCGUUUCAGAAUUACUCUAGAAAGAGGAGUCGAAGCGAGGUUGUUGAAGAUUUUGAUACAGUUGAUACCGGUGACGCUUUUGAAGCGGAUCAUGUCUGGGUUGAGGUUCCGGAUGAACUUCGCUUCGUCCAUGUUGAAGAUCCUUAUGCGGAGCAAGAUAGCAUAAGAGUUGACUAUCCUGAUGAAACAAGAGAGACAUCUUAUACUGCGGAAGCAGAGCAAGUGUCUAAAUCGCCUGCACCAGAGUUAGACCUUUGGAUCGAUGAUUCUCUUGUCAUUGAGGGGGAAGCAUAUGCUCCAGAUACAGAGUCUUCAACUCCUGGCGAACAUCCAGAUCAGUCAAGGCUAGCAACACUUCAUCUGUUGAAGCAUUACAAAGAAGGGCCAGGUAUCUGGUUUGACAUCUUUGACACUGGUUGCUAUUUCUCGGGUAAAGUCCCUGUCAAAGCAGCAACGAGUCCCUUACUCAAGUCAUCCAUGUGUGCCAUUGCAGCGAAACAUCUAUAUCGCGUGGCCAAGAAUCAGCUUAAUCCAAAGUCCAAUGACUCCAGGUGGCGAGGAUAUGACUGGCGUUAUGAAUCUGCAAAGCACUACGAUGAAGCCAUUCACCAUCUGAAGAAUGCAGUUGACCUUUGUACCUACGAGAAUAGCUUGAGUGACAGAGAGGAUAUGCUCGCUGCGGUUGCUAUACUCUGUAUCUACGAACUAAUGGAUGCACCUGGAACAGCUUGGCGGGCUCACCUGAGUGCUUUGCCACUGUUCAAUCCAACAGAGGAUGCUUCACACCCUGCUUCACCAGUGGUAAUCCCACGCACGGCUAUUCAGGGUCCUAUUCUUUGGAGUUUAGCACGUCAGGAUCUUCUCUGCGCUUUCAUCAGUGAAACGCAGACUCGUCUUGAUCUCAAAGACGUGCGCCUUUGGCAGAAUGCAGGUCUCGCCACCACAGAAGACGGGACUCUCAUGCCCUUCAGCCCUCCAUGUUCAGCGGAUAUUCGUACCGUAGCUGAUAUCGAGGAGGAUACCAAGAGUAAUGAGCUAACAUGGCUCAUUGGAAAGCUCUCAAAUCAUCUCACCUCAGGCGAUGCCAUAAAUCCCUCGGACUAUGCAUUGCCUCUUGGUCAACGCCCUACUAUUGGCGUAACACAAGAACGUCUCCUCGAACGCUGGAGAAUGCUCCUGGCAGAAUUCAAAAAGUGGCACGACAGCCUCCCAUCAACAUUCACCCCCUACGCUCGAACGCCAUAUCCCUCGUCAGAUUCCUGCUUCAGCAACUUCACUCAAAUAUGGUACGAACUCCCCAUCUGCGCCGCAACAAUGCAAAACUAUCAUAUGGCCAUGAUUCUCCUCCUCGUAAACCAACCGCAAGAAUCAACAUUCAUACGCUCCACUGUCUCGGCGCGAUUAAAGUCUUAUCGACAGAUCCAGCAAGAGGUGCAUCAUUACGCAAGAGAGAUUUGUGGUGUUAGCUUGGCAGAGCCCUCGGAUCCUGUAAGGGCGAAUUCAGUGCAGGCAUUGUUUGUGGCCGGGCAAGUGUUUUAUGAAAAGGGGGAGCAGGAAGCGGCUCUGAAGCUUUUGGAUGAUAUUGAGACGGAUCUGGGAUGGACUACCAGGUUUCAUCGGGCAAAGCUGGUAGAUGAAUGGCCUAAAGAUAGCUAAUACAACGUAAACCCUCGAUCGUGCUCGAUUCUCAUGCGAGGAUAGCC